AUGGGUGACUUUCUGUACUCGAGCUCGGUCCUGGCGAACGAGUCGUGCGUGACCAACCCGUCGCUGCUCGACACGCUCAGCAUCAACAAUCUGCUGAACAUCAAGCAUCUGACGGCCGGCGGCGGGGCGGACAUUGGCGCCGGGACCGGAGUGUCCGACAGUCUCGGCACGAUCGGCGAAUCGUCGUCCUCGUCGUCGUCGGUGUCCGGGCUCGGUGAGCGCAGCAAGAACAACAACGCCAGCACGAUCUCAAAGAUGGCCAGCGGUGGCGGUGGUGUUGGUGGACCCGUCGGUGGUGGCCUGUCACUCGGUCCGAACGGGGCCGAUGUGGACGGCCAGGGGCUGCUGAUGACGUCGAGCGUGGCCGCGUCCAGCUGCGGCGUGGGAGGGCUGUCGUCGGUGUCGAGUAUCAUCACGACGGCGAUGUCCUCGGAAGGUUGUUCACUUUCGCUGGCGCUGGGCUCGGGCGGCGGUGGGGCGGACCACGAUGGGACGGUCACGUCGUCCCUGCUGAACGGUGGGAGCAUUACGUCGCCAUCGAUUGGCGUCAAUAUGGGCAACGCGAACGGCAACAACAACAGCACCGGCCAUAGUCACAGCAAUAACGGCAGCAGCAGUAACGGCAGUAACGCCAAUAGCAAUGGCAACGGGGCCGGCGGCACGGGAGGCAAUCCGAACAACGCCAACAACAAUCUGCUGCUGGACAGUGCCGCCGACCAGCUGCAGCUGCAGUCGGUCGCCGAGGAGCUCAGCCUCAAGGCGUCGGAUUUGGGCUGCCUCAGCGUCACGUCCAACCUGAUGAAUGGCUCGUCGCACAUCGGCUCGUGUUUGGCGCCGAGUGGGCUCGGCUUCGGGGCGACACCGGACCAUUCCAGCCCGUGGUCUACGGGCCCGGACGAGGCAGGACAGGGCGGCACGGCCGGGGGUCACCUUUCGAUGAACGGAUUGGGCGGGUUCCAGAACUUUUCAAGCAAUCUCUACAACGGUGCCGUCGUGGCGGCGGCGGCGGCGGCUGCAGCAGCCGCUGCCCAGCAGCAACAGCAGCAGCAACAGCAGCAACAGCAUCAGCAACAGCAGCAGCAGCAGCAACAACAUCAGCAACGCCGCGCCAUUACAGCAUCACACGGUGGCUUCCCGAGCCACCAUCAUGGCAUCUCGCCCAAUGGUUUAUCUGCCCAUAGCAAUGCGAUGCUGCAGCAACAGCAACAACAGCAGCAGCAACAACAACAACAGCAGCAGCAGCAGCAGCAGCAACAGCAGAAUCAGUAUAAGAACUCGUACCCAUCGUGGUCCAAUCCGGGACCAUGGUCGCAGCAGCAAUCUAGUCAGCAACAGCAUCACCAACAACAGGUGCACCAACAUCAGCAGCAACAGCAGCAGCAGCAGCAAAGUGCUCUGUCUUCCUGGAACAGAGGUCGCUCCGUGCCGAGCCUCAACGCGUCCAGCCUCGGUCCGAACGGGUUGCACUCCCGCAAGCCGCCACACUCCGGCAACCAGUCCCUGUCGCCGUACGGACUCGGUAACGGUGGUCAUCUGCAGCAACAGCAGAGCUCGCACCACCAUCAGCAGUCCCAGCAGCAGCAACAUUCGCACCAGAGCAUGCAGCAGCAGCAGCAGCACCAUCACCACCAUCAGUCGCACCACCAGUCGAACGCACUGCAGCCACUCCAGUCGAAUCUGGCCAACUCGCCCUCGCGCUAUCGCCGCAGUACGUCGUCGGCUCAAUUCCCGAACAAGACGGGCUCCCUGUCACUGUCCUCUGGCGGUGGCAGCGGCAGCAGUGGCGGUGGUGGAGGUGGUGGUGGUGGCAUCGGUGGCAUGGGGGGCGGUUUUCCGGGCCCGCUCGACAUGGACGAGAACCGCGAUCCGUUCCUGUCCUCCUAUCAGGAUCGGACGGGGCUGAGCAAUGGUUUGGACAUGCGCUCGCUGGAGCACUGCCUCAGUGACAUCAUGCGGAACGUGGGUGAGGCCUCGCAGCCGGAUCAUCUGAAAGGAUUUUUAAACUGCAACACCAACACCCUCCAAUCGCUGGCGCAGCUACACGGAAAACUCGACUUCCACGAAUUCAUACCAGGCAAACCAUUCUUCUCCGGACUCGACGAGCAGCUGAACGAUGACGAUGGAAACGGUGGCGGAGGCUUCAUCGGGAGUAACCAGCUGCAGUUGAAUUCUCCGGCCCGCUCGUCCCCGCACUCCAAUGGGUCCGAAACGACGGAACGUUUCUCUCGGAAGGUGUUCGUCGGUGGACUGCCGCCAGAUAUUGAUGAAGAGGAAAUAACUACAUCCUUCAAUCAGUACGGGGAUCUCAUCGUCGACUGGCCCCACAAAGCGGAGUCCAAAUCGUACUUUCCUCCUAAGGGCUACGCUUUUCUACUGUUCCAGGAGGAACGCGGUGUCCAGAAGCUGAUCGAAACGUGCGUCCCGGACGAUGACAAGCUGUACAUCACCGUAUCGUCACCGACGAUCAAGAACAAAGCCGUGCAGAUACGCCCGUGGCGGCUGGCGGAUGCGGACUACGUGCUGGACGCGUCGAUGCCACUUGAUCCGCGCAAGACCGUGUUCGUCGGAGGUGUACCGAGACCGCUGAAAGCUUUUGAGCUUGCCAUGAUUAUGGACCGCCUGUACGGUGGCGUGUGCUACGCCGGCAUCGAUACCGAUCCGGAGUUGAAAUACCCAAAGGGUGCUGGUCGGGUAGCGUUCUCCAAUCAGCAAAGCUACAUUGCAGCCAUCUCAGCCCGUUUCGUCCAGCUGCAGCAUGGCGAUAUCGAUAAGCGUGUCGAGGUGAAACCGUACGUUUUGGACGAUCAGAUGUGUGACGAGUGUCAUGGUCAGCGUUGUGGUGGCAAGUUCGCCCCGUUCUUCUGUGCCAAUGUCACCUGUCUGCAGUAUUAUUGCGAGCAAUGCUGGAGUUUGAUUCACUCGCGCGAAGGCCGCGAGUACCACAAGCCCCUCGUCAAGGAAGGCGCCGACCGGCCCCGGGCGGUGCCCUUUCGUUGGUGUUAA